CACCUAUUGUACCACAUUCACUAAUUAUGCUAACUAAUCACACUUCUCGUUCACGUUACCGCGGAUUAUAAAGCAUACACAUCGUCCUCUACUCAGUCCACACAUAUACCAUUCCUCACACAAUGACCCUAACAGAACUAGGCUCGCUGGUCGAGCUAAAACUUCAGGUGGUCCACGUUGCCUGUCUUCAAAAUGACAUUGAAGCACUUGGCCAAAUCUUGCUUGAGCAUAAGACGAUCGAGGCAAAGACAGCUCAAGGCGAAACGCCCCUACAUCUAUCAACGUUGAUGGGGCAUAUCGAGGCUGUUCAACUGCUUUUGGAAAAAGGUGCGGACACAGUGGUCCUUGACAGCUUCCGCAAGACCCCACCGGCAUAUUCCCACCGAAGCGUUUUCAAUGACGCCCGACGACAGAUAUAUGCAAAGCACGGCUUCCCCGAGAGUCGGCAUAUCAAUCUCAGUUACAACGUAAUUGCAACUCUCCACGCUAAUACAACGCCAUCAUACCCUCACAGCACAGGAGACGCGUCUGGGCCGCUAUAUUUUCAUAUUACCUCGAAGGGUGCAGAGGUUUUUCAGAGUCUUGGUCGCAUAACAACACGCUCGUUCAACCCCUGCAAGAAGACCGUGGGCUAUAUUCGAACGGCUAGGGAUCUGAGACCCCUUGCUUGGACAAUAUCGGGAUUUGGCGAUCUAGAUGCGGCAGAAACCUCAAAGCUAUUGCAAGGUAAAAAGUGGAAAGACGCUGUGCUGAACCACGUCGCUCCUGCCAUCUGUUACACCUUCAAGAGUCACGUGAUGGAUCGAUGCUUUGUGAGAGGGAUACUGCCGCCUGAGAUGUCUGGUCAAUUCUUUGCUUCGCAUGUAGAAUGCAAGCUUGCCGUUUGGUUCUGUUUCGCGUUGUUGGCAGCGAUGGGGUCUAUACCAAACCCGUCCUUUCCCUUUCUCGCCCAAAAACUGGAUCUUCUUGCAGAUGCUGAUAUUGGCACCAAGAGACAAGCAGUAAUCGAGAUAAAUCUGCCGCCUUGCGAGUCGUGCGUUCGCUUCCUUCAGGCCUUGUCCAGGGUUACCAGGAUACACUUCAACACAAAAUAUCGUCGAAGCCUAGUGAUGAUACCCGAGAGAGACGUCCAAAGGAGUUUUAAGCUUGCUCAUGAGGUCGACAUGGCGAAACACACAGAACCAGACCUGGCUCUUGAUGCAGACUGGCGUUGGGGCCAAGGUGACGAUCAUGAGAGGAUCGAACCAGAAAUCUUUACCAACGGUGAGGGAGAGGAAAAUAUUCUUGGAGGCAUGGAGGGAUUCGAUGUUCAAGUGAGCCGGGGACUAGUACGCGAAUCUACCAUGUGGGGUGCUGAUUCAAGAAAAGGAAAAGAGCUUGCUGCUGGAGCCGAUGACGACAGUGAUAAUGAGAGUCUGUCUACUCUAUCGGAAGAUUAUCGAGAUGAGGCGGCAGAUAAAAACUUUCAUGGCCGCUUGGCGUAUCUCUCUCACGAUGGAUCCCGUAUCAACAAAAAGCACGCUGAUCUUGAUGAUCCUUUCAUGGACCAAGAUAUUGACCUUGUGGUCUCAAACGUGCCAAUGACUCCUACAGUUAUCUCACGAACGCAGAUCCAAUUGAAGCCCGGAAUUCCAGCUACGCCUGUAGUCGAUAUCGUACCAAAUAAAUCAUGUGGAACUGUAGAAGACCCAGUACGGAUUCCACAGUCUCCGUUACGAGAGCGAUGGUCUGCACCUAGGCCAAGCUGGACAGGAUCGCCUUAUUCUUGUGUUACGACGGUCAUCUGUUUAAAUGGGUCAUCAUCAACAAUCUCCUGGAUCAAACCGGCUCUCUUUCGUUUUUAUUUGUUCUAUUCCAUCUAUCAGUUAUCGUUUCAAUUUCAUGGGUUCAGCAGUGGUCUAGCGCUUGGUAUCGCGCAAUGGUUCUAAGUUAGUUCUCGCCUGCAUGGCAUCCUUCAUGUUGCGUGCUUUGAACAGGCGUUGUUAGCUUAAAGGGAGAGGAAGAUCAACUAAAGCAGGAAAGGAAAACUUUGGUUGCGGGGUAUUAUGGAUGUACAAUUAUUAGUACACUAUAACAGCCUCUGUCAUAAUAUAGCCGCAUAAUAGCAUGCAAUUGAUUUUCUGUAGUCUCAUGAUGAAGAAACAACGGGAGGUGAAUUGGGUUGUGCCCCGCAUCUUUUUCAAGAAGGUCGAAGCUUGGAUAAAGAUUUGGCGCAUCCUGACGGAGACCGUCUAUUUG